ACCGGGUGUGCGAAGGCGACGGAGACAGAAAGUUGCAGGUUACAAGCAGGCCAGUCUGCCAUCGGCCCGCGCUCGAGUCGCAUGCCCGCGGCGCUCCGCUAUCGGAACUUGUUCCCGACAUGAACGUCUCGCGUUACGCUACUCGCUGCGCCUCGCCGCGUCGCCGAUAAAAUCUGCGAAUCCGAUAUUUGGUCGAUAGAGAGACAACAUUCGUGUUACGAGAGCACUCGCCGGCCAUGUGAUCGCUCCCCGCCGAUGGGAGCGAAAACCGAACAAAAAAGCCGCCUGCUAAUGUAUCCCGCCUACAAAAAAGGGAUAAAAAGGCUAUUCCUGGAAUGCGCACAUGUCGACGCCGGGUAACAGGCAGCUACUGAUCCCGCAGUGUCGUCGAGAUGCCCCGCAGGAGUAAAUGGAUGCAUCUGGUGGCGGGCGUCGUCGCCGGCGUCACCCUCGGGGUCUUCCUCAAGCUCUGCUUAAAGCCGUCCUCGAGGACCUCCAUAGAAGCAUGUGAAGCAUCGAAACUUAUAUCGCCGGAUCCGCUGGCUUUGAUAGAUUUAAGACCGGAAGAGACUAUCGAGAAUUCCAAUAGGAGUUUAGUGUUUGUGGGUGUCAUGACUGCCGAGCAGUAUUUGAAUUCUAGAGCGAAGGCUGUGAUCGAAACGUGGGCACAGGACUUGCCCGGUCGGAUAGCAUUUUUCAGUUCGGAGGUGUCUCGAGCCCCGGGGCUCCCGCUGGUGCCGCUGCGGAAUGUGGACGACAGCUAUCCGCCGCAGAAGAAGUCAUUCCUCAUGCUCUUGUACAUGUACGAGAAGUACGGUGAAAAGUUCGAGUGGUUUAUGCGCGCGGACGAUGACAUUUACGUGAGAGGUGAUAAGUUGGGUGAAUUUCUGCGUUCAGUGGACAGUAGGAAGCCACAGUUCAUCGGACAGGCGGGGAGAGGAACUAACGAUGAACGUGACGCUUUAGCAUUGGAUUACAAUGAGAAUUUUUGUAUGGGUGGCCCGGGAGUGAUGUUGUCUAGGGAGACGUUGAGGAGGGUGGCUCCUCACGUGAAGUACUGCCUGAAGCACCUGUACACGACGCACGAGGACGUGGAGCUGGGCCGGUGCGUGGCGAAGUUUGCCGGCGUGUCGUGCACGUGGAGUUAUGACAUGCAGACGAUCCUACACCACAACGGGAGCGGCGCAGCGGCGUACACAGGGCGACUAAAGAAGCGUGAGGUGCACCGAGCCAUCACGUUGCAUCCUGUGAAGGACCAUCGCCAUAUGUACAGGCUGCAUACUUACUUUAAGAACCUCCGUAUCCAAGACACCCGUGAACUGUCAGUAGACCUGCACAGAGACAUCUCGAUGUGUAUGAAGGAGUUACAUGUUUCGAAGGAGGAAGUUGCUGAUUACAUGCUCCCGGGAAAUGUGCCUCUCUUCCCUGCCAAGAUUGGAGAUAAGGAUUAUGCGGGAGACAAUAAUAUAUUAGGUGCCCCUAUCGACAUGAGUCGUUAUCAACCAUCGUCUCUGAACGACAUUCUGACGUUUGACUUCAUCAGCAAGUCGAUAUACUCUACCACGCACUCCAACCCGAAGAGACGGAUCGAAUCGCCGCUGAAAGAGGCGCUGGACGAUGUUAUUCGAGAAGUAAUGGAAAUAAUCAACGCUCCAUCAAGACAGCGCGGUCGAGUGAUCGACUUCAAUGAGCUUCUCUACGGCUACACAAGACUGGAUCCACUGCACGGUGCUGAUCAUAUUCUGGAUUUACUUCUUCGGUAUCGGAGGUAUCGAGGACGCAAGAUGACUGCUGCGGUCAGGAGGCACGCUUAUCUGCAGCAGACAUUUACGGGUAUGGAGAUAAGAGAACUUCCAAUGGGAGAGCCAGCACCGAGCGAGGAUCCCGAGUUAUCGGACAAUGCCGACGCAAAGGACCCCUUGGACUACGACUUUGACGAGUCUAGUCAGCAGCAGAAUGGCUUCCUAGACUUCGGGAAGCUGGGGGUCAAAGAGGCCCUCGAAACGGGACUAAUGAAGCUCCAAAAUCUACCUAAAGUUCUCAAAUGGAGCGACGCUGAUAUAGAGGAGUAUCCUGUGUAUAGUAGAAUAAUCAAUUUUAUAUUGCCCCUUAUGGGCAGACAAGAAAUCUUCGGACGUUUCAUGAAAAAUUAUGAAGAUAUCGUCCUGAAAACUGACGAGGCUGUGACAUUAAUAGUCGUACUAUAUUUAGAUAGUAAGAAUCCAUUGGACUAUGGAAAUACGGAAUCCCUAAUAGCGUAUUAUAGGGAUCUAUAUGGGAAGGAGAUAAAACUUGUCCAAAUGGGAUCAACCACAUUUUCAAGAGGCGCUGCGCUCACAGAAGGAUUGAAGCAGUGCUUAGACGACGACUUAGUAUUCUUCGUAGACGUAGAUAUAAUGUUCAAUUUCGAAAGUCUUAGGCGGGUAAGGAUAAAUACAAUAAAAUACAAUCAAAUCUACUUCCCCAUAGUGUUCAGCGAAUACGAUCCGGACGUUAUUACUGGAGAGGACUAUAAUAAAUUCAAGGGUGAAACGUUAGUUAUAAAUAGUGAUUUAGGUAGGUACGUGGACAGUUUAGAAAGUGGUGCUAAAUCGGAGCGUGAACUAACUAAUUUGAGAUACAGUAAAGAGAUACAUGACGACUAUGGGUACUUUAGGCAAUACGGUUUUGGUAUACUAAGUAUAUUUAAGAGAGAUUUUGAAAGAAUAGGUGGGUUCGACCUGACCAUUAAGGGUUGGGGGUUGGAAGAUGUUCAAUUGUUUGAAACUAUGAUAAAGUCUAACUUGACUGUGUAUCGGGGACCAGAUGACAGUUUGGUGCAUAUCUUCCACUCGGUAGACUGUGAUAGGAAUUUAGAGAAGAGUCAGUUUUUGAUGUGCCUGGGGACGAAGGCUUCGACCCACGGGAAUGACAAGCACAUGACAUAUUACAUGUUGAACCACCCGGAUGUGCUGUGGCCAGACUCGGAGAAAGGUGCUAGCUAGUACAGGGUUCCGGCUUAGCUUAUUCUAUAACUAACAACUCUCUUUUGUAAAGAGGUUGUGUGUAAUUGUAAAUAAAAUUACAUUUACUCAAUCUGCAUUUGGUACUGGGAACUGUUCCGAAAGUCAAAAGUAUGUUAUACUUUUUUUAGUCAGUUUUAUUUAGAUAUGUACUAUUUUUAGUAUUUUUAAAGUAAGAUAUAUAUUAACAAAAUUUUGGAGUUAUGUCACAAAAUAUUUUAAGUUUGAUAUUUUUAUGAGAAAUUCUACAUGACAUGGAGUUUUGUUUUAUCCUUAUGAACAAUUUUUAUAUUAGCUACGUAAAAAAAACUGGCUUUUAAUUUAACAUAGAGAUUCCUAGUCUGAAGUCAGAUUAUGUAGGUAAAUGCAACUUGAUUUUAGUAUUUUUUCGUGGUAAUACCGAUAUUAACUACGCAUAAUUUUAUUUAUUUCUGUUAAAACGGUAUAAUCGAGAGAGAGCAUACGUAAUUCAAGGUCUGUAAGUGAAUAAGUAGUUUUUCAAUGUCUUUAUUUGUCUAAAAUAACUUCAUCACUUAUUUUUAACUUUCUAAGAGAGAUGUACAAGUAUGUGGGGGAUGUGAAAAUGAAAAAUGAUAUACAAUCUCUUCCUGAAAUAGCCUUAUAAUAAAAUAAAAUAAAAACAUUAAAACAUAUUAAAAAUUUAAAACAUUGAAAAGCUACUUUUCUUCAGCAUCAAGUUCACUUAGGUAUUGUUGUUCCUAUAGUUAGACAAACAAAUAUAAGGGGAUGAAAACUACCAACAACUUAAAAGAUCACGCACCAAUUUGACAAUAUCUUUUGACCCUUUGAACGCCAAGAACCACUAAAGUGGGCGUAUGCCGUCACACCUCGGAAAAUGGCGAUCAAUCUUAUUAUAUGAAAGAAGCGCGUUCCUGCGCACACAGUCUAAGCUCGUGUAGGCUUGUACGAGUGAGAUAAGGCAGGUCGACUGGUCGCGUUUUUGACAGAUGUUAACUGUGAGGUAACCGAGACCGGGUGGGCGGCACUUUCAGCAGGAAGCAGGGAGUGGCCAUACUGUACGAUACUACUCUUUAUUAUACUGUGGUGUCAUCGUGCCUACCACGCUAAUAGCCACUAAAAAGUGGCCAUGGCGGACGCUGUCCUGCUGACAGAUAAGGUUUUUAAUUUCGUAAUUUACUAGUAGAGGUAUUGGUGUGUAGGGCGCAUUUUGAUGCUAGCGGCUGGCGUUCAAAAGGUGGAGUAGUGGCAAUUUGGACCAGGGGCCCAUUUCUCGAAGCUACAAGUUACAAUUUACAAGUGGUUGUUAAUGUCUAAUAUGACAAGUUGGAAAGAGACUUCCGCUUGUAACUUGUAACGUUCAGCUUUGAGAAAUGGGCCCCUGGGGGCGGAAGUCUCGGAAGCGACGACCUGUCUGGCCUAGCGCGUAGUAGCCCUGCCUGCUACGCCGCGGUCCCGGGUUCGAAUCCCGGUAAGGGCAUUUAUUUGUGUGACGAGCACAGAUAUUUGUUUCUGAGUCAUGGAUGUUUUC